GCCUUUUUUUUAUUUAUUUAUUCCUGCGUGAGCAGAUCUAGUACACUUCUUGCAUAUAAACAGUGACAAUUACAAUAUAAAAGACCUAUCAUACCUUAUUUUGGAGUAACAUUAGAGCUAGUGAGAGGCUUACCUACUUAGUAAGACUAAGAAGACAUUUCCUGUGGGUAAACUCAAAGAUUUCAGGAAAUAUUUCACGUUAUUCUGCAUUUGCUGGUUAUUCAGAUUGGACCACUCUUCUGAUGCCAAAGUAUUUACAAGACUUUCCCAAAUGACACAGUACCUCGGAUACAGUUGGUCUCCAGUUUGCAUGAAGUGAAGUAAAAACUACACAUAAUAAUGCUUCUAGUGAACCCUGCUUGAUGCUAUGUUUUUAUCUGGUCACAAGCAGUUACAUUAUUUUGAAAUGUUAGUUUAGCUUUCAACAGUAAAAACACAGCUGAAGAACAAACUUCCUUAAGAAAGCAAUUCAGUUUGUUAUUAAUUAAUAUAAUUUCAUCAGUAAAACUAUGCAUCGGAAAUUAAACUACCCCCAAAAGUUACAAUGUCUGCUUAGUCAGAACGUGUGUAAGAUGUGUGACUGAUCUGUCAUAAGAAAAAUCUGGAUCACUAAUGGAGAGGUGACUGACAAAUAAGAGCCACCGGGAAAGCCAUAAGACACAGUGUGACCUUUAGAUUAGUUAACUGUAAGCAAAGCUGUCUACUGCAAUUUUGUAAAAUGAAAAAUCAUGUUUGCUUCAGAACAGAAGACUUUCUGCAUUUUCCAGCUACAAUAAAUCUUUCCUUACAUUUUGUAUUUAAUAUCUUUAGCUUAGUGUUUGGUCUAAUGAGCAAUUAAAUUUGAAGAAGAACAACAAGAAUAAUGAAGUGCUUAUCUUGUUCAUUAGCAAGGAGUACAUUUGAAUCCAAGGUACACAAUCAUACGACAGAGCUCAAAUGACAAAUGUAAUGUGUUUCUUUGCGACCCAUUACUUGCAGACUUUAAAUUGUGAUUCAAUGGCCCAGCAAAACUUGAAAAUGCGCCCGGUGCUACUGAAGAGAAACAGUCUGGAUUCAUUUGAUUUUCUGAGACAGCCACAUCACCGCAGAAGCAAAUCUCAGCAAGUUCGUUUCAAGGAUGAUGGUAUCAACGCAAAGACAGUGGAUGCCACUGAACUGGAUAAUAAUACUGCCCAAGAUAUUGCAUUAAUGAUUGAAAAUACAGAAAUAUCUCGACAUCACAAUCUUUUGUUACAACCUCCAUCUUUUCCAAAGGCUCAGAAGGGGCUUCAGAAUAUUGCCAUACAAACGUCUCCUAGCCUCAGGAAACACUUCCCUGUUUUUAGAAGAAAAAAGUUGUUGGUAAGCAAAUCACUAACAGAAAUGCCAAGUGAGCGUACAGACUGCACUCCAGCAAAUGACAAUCUUUCUGAACAAGACAUUAUGUCUUCAGACUUCUGUUAUUUAAGAAUAAGCAGCCUUUUGGAAGAUGGAUUCAGGAACAGUAAGGUGGAUGGUCAGUCAAGUCAAAGACUGCCAGAAGCACAAAGAAAUGGACAUAUCCAAACCGAUGACUCCUCAGUAACAGAAAAGACAACUGCUUCUGCACAGGUGCCCGAAUACAUUCAUGUGAAUUUUCCACAAAACAGUGAUACUUCCAUGGAUGCAUCAGACACAACCAUGAAUUUAAGUAAUUUACAGCAUUCUUCUAAGUCUUCUACUAUCAUAAAUAGUAAUGAAAACAAUGAAACCAGCAUGCUGUCAUCUAAUUCUGAAAAAAUAUACCCUUGCCUAAGUGAUGCCACUAAUGGCAAUGAUUGUAAUCCUCAUCUUGACUCUUGUGAAACAGCUAACAGUGAUUCUGAGUUGCCUGUAGUCAGGAAAGAUACAAGCACUAAGGAAACUACUCCACUAUCACCUCCAUCAAAUCAGAGUUCAUCUCCUUGUUUCCUCAGAAACUAUCUACAGACAGUAGAGAAUAAAGCAGAUUCCAGCUGUGCGACAGUAACAAAUGAUGAUCACACAGUAAUGUCAUUGACCAGCAGUAAUGCAUCAAAAUCUAUUUCUUCAGUUAGUACUGAAACUGAGAAAAAUUCUACUCUGUCUGAUGUUUCCCAGUGUAACGGCUGUUUAGAAGGAUUUCACACAAAGUCUUAUCUGCCAAGGAAUGAAAUAAAACCACACAUCGACAAAGAGAUUGGUGAAAUAAAUCAAAUUCAUUUGACACAUGGUGAACUAUGUGCUCUACAAGGCAAGCUGCAGUCUGUAGAGGAAUCCUUGCUGUCAAACCAGGAGAAGAUUAAAGUCCUUUUGAAUGUCAUUCAAGACCUUGAAAAAUCCAGAGCCCUCAGUGAAGGGCGCAACUUCUACCACACUGGUCAAGACCUCAACAACUGCAGCACGUGUCAGAACACCGCAUGUAUAAUUUACAGGUAAAGAACGAUUAGCACUGGUGUUAUCAGAAGGAGAUACUGUACAUUUGAAAAUUCAAACAGUUCAAAAUUCCACCAAUGUUUCGCAGCAUCACUAUUAUUAUCAUGCUUCGAAAACCUUUGAAGCUGUUUCUGAUUAUGAAAUUCCCCAUAUGUGUUAGAUUUUUUGACACAAAAUUUCUGUCAUAAAUUUGGAUUUUAGAAAAGAUAAGCACAACAUUCUCCAAAUACCAUUAAGCACCAAUUCAUGUUUAUGUGUAAAGCAGAACAAUGAAAAUGCCCCCUUCUCACUUCAGCAAAAGUUUAUUUAUUGUUAUUUUGAGACAGAGUGCUUUGAGUCUAAAUUACUUUAACAUAAACUACAGUAUGAAUUGUGAUGAACUUGGUAAUACUGUGUUCUGGAAACUAUACCAAUUUCAAGUGUUAUGUUCAUAGUAACACAGAAAGAGCCUUGGGUUUUCUACCCAUCAGCAAAAAGCUAGAGUCUUUGUAAUACUGUACAAGUAUCUGGUCCUCACAGCAAUGGAUUUUCUAGGACCUCAAUCAGUUGAUGAACACACUAUCCAGUCAAUGCAAGCUCUGUUAUAAGUCAGAAUACAAAUCUUAAGUUAUUUGAUUCCACUAUAUUGCAUGGGCUUUCCAAAGAAUGCUGAACAAUUGCAGCAUUGUCAGACUGGGAGCCCACAUUUCACCAUUCCAGACUCCUCCCAGUACUGACAUACUUUGUGCACUUAAGAGAAUGAAAAGUAAGAUAUGUGCAUAGUCAAAAUUCACUAUAUCAUAUUUUAGGCCUCAAAUGAAAAGAUAGUGAAUAUGUACGCAAAUCAAAUUUAGUGGAGAAAUUACAAUGCUGCUGUUUUAACCCUGUAUUUUGCAUUUAUUUCUGUUGUGUAAGGGGCAUUUUAAAGGACGUGGCCAGCUGAUCAGCUAAUUAAACAAUGGCAGAUUACUGAAAACUCAUGCCAAUUUUACUUUUUUUUUCCUCAUUCAUAAUAAUAAUAAAAAAAAAGCUUUGAUACACACAUCACAUUAUGACAUGUUGUGAUGUUUUUUUUUAAAUUCAUUUAUAAAAAAAAGAAAAUAGUGGAAAAAGAACUUGCCAGAAACUUAUUAUGAAGAUCAAGAAUUACACAAGACACAGUGUAAUUAAUAACCAAACUUGAUUUGAAAGAUCUCCCUGUAUUUCUCUUUAAAGAUAUUACUAUGUUCCAGUGGUUUUACAUAUUUGCUUGUUUCCAUUUAGAAAAAUAAAGGGUAGGAGACUUUCUGUUUAUUUCAAAGAGUACUGCAGACCUUAGCUUUUGCCAGCUUGUAAGUACUAUGCUUUAAAUUCUUUUAUGGAUAUAACCAAGAAAUUAUACCCACAUUAAUGUGUUUUUCACACCACAUUUUCUACAUAAACCAAAUGUAUUAAAAAGCUUUAUUUAUUAAAGAGUUUAAUAUGCUUGUUCUGUAAAGUCAGAAUUAGACACAGCAUUGGAAAUUAUUGCUCAAAAUAUAGUUCAGUUGUGUGCUGAAGCCUUAAAUGUUUGGUAAUGAAUUUAAUAUUUACUUUUCUCAAAGUACUUGACAUUUCACAAAUUAAAUACCACAACUCUUCUGAGAUAAAAAUUUCCAGUGUUCUCCACUGUACACAUUAUUCCAGGAAGUUACAUGCAUUAUCUAACAGUAUGGAGCCAGUCUGUAUAAAAAAGAAUAAUCAGAACAAUAAAGACUUCCUUUAUUUGAUCAGUGCCUUUGAACACCCCCUGAGCUGAGAGAAGAUGCACCUUUUUGUUGGAUUCUGCAGGAACACACAUUAUAUGGAAAUUCUGUAGAAUUAAUAUAGAAAUAACCCUUUACGACAGGAUACCUUUUCUCUGCAGGAGAAUGAACUAUGCUUCUUAUGCUGACUUUUCAGUUUACAGAGUUGCAAUACAGGAAAGAUCUUGAGUAAGAAGCGCAAACAUAUGAAGUAAAGAAUAGAAGAAGCAGUUAAACAUUGAUGUGUUUUUUGGUUUAGGAGGUACUUCUUAAUGCUAAGAUUGCCUGGAGGCUUAUGGAACAACAGUUAGUAGAAUACAAGCAAGAACACAGAUCCUGCUUUAAAGUAUUGCUAGUUUUAAGAAACAAAACACAAAACAGUAAGGAAAUGUAAUCAUUUCCAUUCUUAUAGGAAUGUUUCAUAAGAGUCAGUUACAAAAAAAGAUUUCUGAGUAAGUAAUAUUUGAUGUUCAUUACAUUCUCAAGGAAGUAAUUGUGUUUAUCAGAUUUAUUCUAAACAAAUCCACGUAAUGGGUUGUGUGUAGUCUAAAGAAUUCCAUGUGUGUAUUUUUUCUAUUUGCAGCAUGACUGCUGUCUUUGAACAUAGAACUAAAUGUUUCAUCUUGUUCACUCUUCUGCUCUUCAACAAUCAAAGUCAGUAAUGAUUCAAACACAGCAGAAUGAUGUGUUAAUGUCACUGAAUCUUCCCUAUCAUACACAGCCUGAGGCAGUCAGUAUACUAAUCUGUAUCUGUUGAAGUGUUGAUUACACCAGUUACUGAAGGACUGAAGAACUUUUCAGUCUUAGAGCAGAAGCAAAUUUAGACCAGACUGUAAGUUUACCUUUAUUACCUAAUCAGCAGGGUUAAGUGAAGUAACUUAGGACUUCCAAUCUAGAUCCUACCCCACUAAUGUUUUAUUACAAUAAACACAGAUGGGACUGAAAACAAGCAGUUACAUCAAAACUCAAGGAAAAUGAUUAAAUGGAGACUGAAUUGAUCUCUCACCUCUAGAGACAGUUUCUCCAAAAUACAAAUCUGAAACUUUGAAGCGGGGAAGAAAAAAGGAACAAAAACAGAGGCUUUCCACAUAUAUAUAUAGAUAUAUAUAUAUAUAUUAAAUAAAAGUUACAUUUCUUUCUCCAGUGUUCUUGAAUUGUGACUACUGAAUAGUACUAUGUUUUAGCCCAAAGCUGAUAAAAUGGAACAGGUGCAUCAAAUUUGUUGUUGACAACACAUUCUUCUACUCCUUCCACUCUUCAUGUAUUACUCCCUGUCUAGAGUUCCCUUCCCAGUUCUGCUAAAUUGGAACAAACCUGUUGCUUUGACAAUUGAGUUACUUCAUUUCAUUUCAUUGAAAGAUAUUAAUCAUGAGAGACAAACUUCUAGUUAAAUUUAACAUAUCGUUCAGCACUAUUCCUGCAUUUGUAUGUACAUACACACACCUAGAGUUAAUAGUGUGCUUUAAAAAUAUGGAAGUUUACACACUUCACAUAUUUUUGGCACUAAGUAUCCAAGGUAAGAUCAGGGCCUUAAUGCAACUUCCCAACUUUACUCUGAUAAUAUUUUUUCCUCAAAAAAUGCUUGUAUUAUGGAACAUAAAACAAAAGGUCAGUUCCUUCCUGCUUUCCAAUCCUCCAGCAAAAAUCUAUACUGCAGAUAGAGCUGAUACAAAUCUCAUUCCCUUUCCUAGAAAAUGUGGAGAUAAUAAAGGAAAACCAUGGAGUGCUGACUCUUGUUUAUUUGUUUGUUUAAUUAUACUGGUUGCAUCAAAAUCGUCUUUUUCACAGUGAUUCUUUUGAGCCUUGCUUUUCUUUCUGUGCAUAUACUUGCUCUUAUCAUCUUGACUCUCAUUUUACAUCAAUAAUAGUUAUGGGCUUCAAUACAGACAUGGUGAGUAGAGUUCUACUUUCUAUUUCCUUGUUAAUUCAUACCACUUAUCUCAAAGACUUAUUUUAUUUCAUACAUAUUUUGGUCCUUAUUGGAGAUGAACCUCACACAUUUAAGAUGUGAAUGUUUUGAAUUCAUGACAGAUACAUGAUUUAAAUACAGAAUCGAAAUCUGAACUUUUAAUAAAAUGCACUGAAAGAUCAACAAUAUGGGAGUUCUUAUCUCAUGUAAAGAGAGGAUUUCUUCAGAAAAUAUUAACAAAUGAUCUUAUACACAAGGCAGCAAAAUACACUGCAUUUUAACCAGGCUCUGAUAUUGAAUGCCACAUUAUUAGAAAACCACAGAAUCACAGGGGUUGGAAGAGACUUCUGGAGAUCAUCUAGCCCUACCCCCCUGCUAGCACAGGUCCCAGGUUGCAGAGGAAAGUGUCCAGGAGGGUUUUGAGUAUCUCCAGAGAAGGAAAGCACAAGUACUCUGGGCAGCUUGUUCUACUUUUCUGUCACCCUCAAAGUAAACAAGUUCUAAUGAAGUAAGAAUCUGUUCUAAAGAAGAAUUUUAAAAGGGAAUUAUUCACUUAUUAGCUCACAUCUCUUCAUUUUUCUAGCGUAGAAUAUGACUUCAGACAACAAGAAGGAAGAUUUCAACAGAUUUUGAAAAGGCUGGAUCACACAGAGCAAAAUCCAGCUUCAGCUUCGCCUCAGAAGGCAUCAUUUGAUCAUCCACUUCCCGAGAAAAAGGAGUUAAGAAAGAAAACAAAGAAGGUGAAAAAAAAAUGCUUCUGGUGGAUUUGACUUCCUUACAUAUCUUAAAGUGAGACAAUUUUUAUAUUUCAGAAGACAGUGGAGCAGAAAGAGGUUUGGAAGCACAUAACUGAAACUACACUAUUAUGAAAUCACAAAACUAAAGAAUAUUUGAGUAUCAAAUGAGAAGAAUUUAUUUAAAUUAUAUCACUGAAUAAAGACACAUGAAGAGACUGUUUCUGAAAAACAAUUUUAAGUUUUCUUCUAUUUUUUUUUUUUCUGGUGAUCCUCACAUUCUUUGUAAAGACAUUUUUGUUCAAGUUUCCAAAAAAAAAAAAAAAGAGAGAGAGACAAUGGUAGUCAAACCUACAGACUUCAUUUCAUAUUCCUAAGCAACGUGAACUAAAAGAAAAGAACUUCACUGAUCUUUAAACAGACUGCAUAAUCAAGAAUAAGUUCAGGGGAAUCUCCUCACAGGAGAUAAUUAUAAUUAUUUCACAUCUGCAGUGAAAUAUAUUGGUUGUUGGCAUCUAAGAUUUAACCACAAUGAAGAAUUUCAGGUUCAAGUUUUAUUCUGUUCUUAUAUCCGUUCAAUUUGAAAAGGAAUUAUUUCAAAGUUUGUCUUUUAACAGACUUCUUUGUUAAGUAUCUUAAAAGUACAAAAAAAAAAAGAAGAGAGAGAGAGAGAAAAUCAUAGUAAUUCUAGAUUUAAUUUCCUUCCUAAAUGAGGUCCAAUUAGAUCUAUUUUUGUUUUAAGCACCUCCAGUGAUGGAGAAUUCAUAACAACCAAGGGCAACAUUUUCCAACAUUUGACCAUCUCCGCAAUGAAAAAAACAUCUGAUUAGAUUUCACUGAAUUCUGACUUGUAUUCACUACUUGCUCUAUCCCAGUGCACCCUACCCUGAUGAAUAGAGAGAAAUAACCACUUUUGCUUCUGUACUGCUAUAACACCUAAUUCUUCCCCUAUGUACCUCUACACAUUUAAUACCUGUAUUGCUGUAUCAAAACAUUUUAAGGUUUUUCUUUGCCUUAGGAGGGUAGAUGACUUUAUUAAGGCCUAUUAAAUACAACAUAGAUUAUAAGUUACUAUUAAAAAAAAUUAUCUGUUCUGCAGAACUUUUCUUAAACUCUGGUUAAUCAGUUCAAAUGAUGCCAGGGUUUUCAACAGAUUUACCUCUAGAUCCUCAUUUCUUAAAUCAUAUGUUAUUAGUUCUCUAAUAUUAGUUAAAAACGUCUAUUCUUUUUGUACGCUUCUGUGUUUCUCCAAUGCUGAGAGUUAACCAGACAUUUGAAAACACCUUAAAAACAAUUAUGUGUAGAUGUCAGAAAAGACCAAAGAUUAUAAAAACUGGUCUUCAUUUGCAAUGAUGCUAUGUCACAUGGCUUCAUUUAUCAUGAAACUGAAGGACAACAGCUUUAAAAUUUAUGUUAAGUACGAUCAGUAUGGGACUGACAGACAGAAUUAUCAUUACUUUAAAGGCCUUUUGAAGGGAAAGCUGCUGUACAUGGAAUGUUAUUAGCAAAGUGUAUGCCUUUAGUAAGCCAGAAAAGUUUGUCAAUAAUGGUUUGUGGAUAUAGCAGGCACCAGAAUUUAUUAGAUAAGAAUAUAUCAUUGUAUCACACUCAACUGCAUGUACUGCUUAUGCUGGCAUUCCAACAGCAUUCCUAUUUUGCAUUACUGUAAUUGACACACUGAAGGAUUCAUUAGUGUGCAAAGGUUUCUUGGGUAUUAAAGUAUCAUUUUAAGAUGAAUGCCUUUGGGGGACAAAGGUACAAUAAUAAGCAAUACCAAUAAAAGCAAUACCAGCAAAACCAGUAUGUUUUUUCUUGUAGUAAGCUGACUUUCAAUGACCUGCUACUAUGUGAAAGUCAUCUUUUUGUCCUUCUUGUUCUUAAAUAAUAAGUACAAUAAGGCUCAUUUUAAUGUCUGGUUUUGUUUUUGCAUGCAUCCCUUCAAUAAAGACAAAUUAUUGAAUUUAAACAAAUUACAACAUUUUGAUUUGCCACAUCACAUCAAUCAAUUCCUGGAGUAGGUAAAAAUGUACAAGAACACAAAUAUGCUAUUUACUAAAAGAAAGUCCAUUCAAAGAAGAAAGGCACUAAAUUCUUUCUUAUAACUUAAACAGACAUGAAUACUUCUAAAAAACUGAAAUAUACUAAUUUCAAUUAUUUCUCUUUUUUAUAUUUUAGUGUCUGAUUUUGAUGAAAUUAAGAACUGCAGAUAAUUUUUAUCAUUAAUCUCCCCGUCAAAAUCAGACUUUACUUUCCAUAUUUCUUACUCUGUUAUUUGUUUCUCCCUCAAGAAAAAAAAAAAAAAGAGUUUCAUGUAUACAUCAACAUGAAAAUCUCUUUGUAACAUCAUGCACAGCAGGAAGUAGAGAAACAGUUAAGCUACCUAGGCCAGCUGACACUCGGCUCUCAGUGCUGCAACUUAAAAAUAUUAACAUGUCUUUCAGACUACCGUAUUAUGCGCAGUGCUUUCAAGUUACUUCCUUUAAGACAACUAUUUACAUGGAAAGAAAAUAUGAAAUCAAGAGUUCACCUAAGGCACUAUUAUGAAGGAUACUUCAUAAUGUUGAGCUGUGCCAGAGUCGUCAAGAAAGUUGAUUUUAAUAAAUAAAUGAAUGCAAAGGAUAACAUAAGAAUGCGAUAAGGUAAGAAACCAUGUGCCACGUGAGUCAGCAAUAGCCACUUACAUAAUUCCCUAGCCAAAUGUUCUAGAAAUGUGCAUGAACAGAACUCCCUGAUCAUCUGGCUUCCAGAAGCUCUGACUACUAUGAACAAAAAGCCCACAACAAUUUAACUUAAAAUGAAGUAAAGUAUGCCAGAAAUAAAUUAUUCAUGCAAAAGAUUAAGCAUCAUAGUUUCACAAUAAAAUCACAUAUACCAAAGGCAAGAGGUUAUUAUACUGAGUUUUCUCCACAGCAUAUCACACAACAGACUUAACACAUGAAAUUUAAAAAAACAAACAAACAUCAGAGCAAAAAAAAAACUACUGGUUAAAUUAAACAGGAACAGUGAGAAGACAUCAGCUACAGGAUGUCAGAAUUGGAAAAGCAACGGAAAAGGAUAGAUAAGCAAAUAAUAAUAAUGGCUAAGAGAAUUUUCCUGAUUUAAGAAUUUAUUGUGUAAUGCCUGAAACCAUCACCCAGAGUAGGAAUUAAAUGUUAAAAAUGAGAAUUAAAAAAAAAACAACCCAACAACCACAGCUAACUGAUAACACUUGCAUACAAAAUACUUAAAGUUUCUCUGAAGAUAUAUUCAAUUGACAACUGCGAUGUGCAAUUUAUAAAAUCCUGUACAGCACACGUAUUCUAAGAACUACUUUAGUUCAAAUUGCUGUUUUAUGGAGCCAUCCUAACUUUCUUUAAAAAUUCCAAAUGUAUGAAAGGAGUAAUGGUUGCUUUCUGUCAUGUAUUGUCAGGUCAUUCUUUGUAGUUUCAUACACUGUAGCUCUUCUGAAAAAGUCACAAUACCUAGUAAUUACGCUAUUUUAGAUUCAGAAUAUCUUCCUAAUGAAAUAUAUCACCAAAUGUAUGCUUUGUAAAUCUUUAUGUUCUUUAAAUGGGAUGUCAUCUUUUGAAAUAAAAUCUUUUUCUUAGGUUUCAGGAGGUGAUAAAUAACAAACAAUAUUUAGAUUUCAAAAGAAGUUAACAAUUGUUCUUUGGAAAGGAAAAAUAAAUGGGAAACGAAUAAAUGGUUCUUUCAUAAAAUCACUUUGCAGUUUUUCUAGGUAGAGAAAAUGUCUGAAUCUGAAAACUGAACAAAAAAAGAGGCCUUAGCCAAUCUGAUUUUAAUAUAUUGUGUUUUCUAAACAUGUCAGCUCCAUAAAAUGGUUUCUCUAGUCAUGAUCUCUUGGAAGAGUAGUUCUGGUUAUUAAAGCACUGUUCUUUUUCCAUUUGAUUCCUAUUUUUUUUUAAUUUUUUUUUUAAUCCUGGGAAUUUCCUUUGAAAUGUUGGUUGCUUGCAUCCAGAAACUUAAAUUUUAUUCAUGCCCAUGGUGGAAAAGUAAUAAAUAUAAAUCUCUGCCUGAUUGUUUUUUUGUUUGUUUGUUUUUACAGCAACGUCUUGAUUUGUACAUAUCUUAUACUAAUAUUGUCAAACUUUACUUGGUAAUAUAAUUAAAUCCUCUUGACUUUUGUUUAACAAUGUGAUCAAAAUAAAGUUUGGACUACCAACGGUGACCUUUAAAA